AUGCGCCUGUUGGCCACUGGUAGAGCCCUGCGCGCCAGCAGUGGUAGAUGGUCCAUUGUGACUCCUCGCAGGAGCAUUCGCAUCCCGAUCUCACACUUCCCGGAGCCCGCCAGUAUCACACGGAGAAACCUGAGCUCGACAGUCCCUCGGGGGACAGAGGAGAAUGACGAGUCGAAGAAGAAGCCUUCCACGCUCUCCCCGCCCUCUCAAUCCCUGACUAUCGAAGGCGAGGCCUACCGUUCAGACCAAUGGACCAAUGCUCCGGAGACCAUCCUCUCGCACGUCGGACGCCGGCUAUACCUCGACGAGAACCAUCCGCUCGCGAUCACGCGCAAGCUGAUCGAAAGCCAGUUCCCCGGCCCAGUUUACGGUAACUACUCCGAGAAGAACCCGGUUGUGUCGGUGGCGCAGAACUUCGACGUCCUGGGGUUCCCGCCGGACCAUCCCGGCCGCAGUCGGACCGACACCUACUACAUCAACGACAAGACGGUGCUGCGAACACACACGAGCGCCCACCAGCAGGCAUACUUUCAGCAGAUCAGCCGCAAUGAGGCCACCCGCCCGGAGGAGGUGGGCUACACCGUGGUUGCGGACGUGUACCGGCGCGAUGCGAUCGACCGCAGCCACUACCCGGUCUUCCACCAGAUGGAGGGCGCCAUGCUGUGGAAGCGGCCCGCCACGGAGCCCUUGCAGCACGCCGCCCAGACCGCCGCAGCGAUCAUGGAGGACGUGAAGCGCAUCCCCGCGCACGACGUCCCCGUCGAGGACCCCAACUCCACCAUCCAUGCGGAGCGCAAUCCGCUGCAGGCCGAGCACCACGCCGCACAGGAAGUCGAGGCCGUCGCGGCGCACCUCAAGCGGUCCCUGGAACGCAUGGUGAUCAAGAUCUUUACGGAAGCCAGCAAGGCCGCCGGCGACGCGGCCGCCGAGCCGCUCAAGGUCCGCUGGGUCGAGGCGUACUUCCCCUUCACCAGCCCGUCGUGGGAACUCGAAGUAUUCUGGCAGGGCGACUGGCUGGAGGUGCUGGGCUGCGGGAUCGUCAAGCAGGAGCUGCUGAUCAACUCGAGCGUGCCGGACCGCAUCGGCUGGGCCUUCGGACUGGGCCUUGAGCGCAUCGCCAUGCUCCUCUUCAACAUCCCCGACAUCCGCCUCUUCUGGUCCCGCGACGAGCGCUUCCUCUCGCAGUUCAAGGCCGGCCACAUCUCCCGCUUCGAGCCCUUCUCCAAGCACCCCGCCUGCUAUAAGGACGUUGCCUUCUGGCUGCCUUCGGCCGCCGUCAGCGGCGGCAGCGCUGCGGGCGGCGCCAUGCCCGUCCACGAGAACGACAUCAUGGAGAUCGUCCGUGGUGUCGCCGGCGACCUGGUUGAGGACGUCAGGCUCAUUGACGAAUUCACUCACCCCAAGACGGGCAGGAAGAGCAUGUGCUACCGCAUCAACUACCGGAGCUUGGAGCGCACGCUGACCAACGAAGAGACCAACGAGCUGCAUGAGAAGCUCCGCGCGAAGCUCGUCGGCCAGCUGGGCGUGGAGCUGCGAUGA